GAUGGGCACUACGCAAGGAGCCGAGCUGCUUCUCCAGCAGACGACUUAUCGAAGAGUAGAGCCAUGGCUGCCGGAGCGUCAGUGAACUUAGACCUGUCGAAGCUCACCGUCUCGCAGACGGGAAUCUCGGCUUCUCAAUACGGCUUGCCGGGUGCCCUCAUCGUCGUUGUUGACCCUCUGAACCGCACCAAUGACAUCGACCGCUCCAACAAUGUCGCUGUACUGCUCGUAAAUUUCACAUCGACUGGGUCAGACAUUGAAUUCAGUGUUGCGGAAAACGAUUGGGACUUGACGAACGCGUGCAAGGUGAUGUCCAGUAUUGAAGACGGGGGGAGCUCUGCCCUGUUGGUCUCUUUUCGUUCUAUGCCCUACUUGUUUGACGGCAAGACGUUCGCAUUCAGUAAAGCUGAGAAAAAGGAGGUGACUGCGUUAAUAAAGGGAAGCUUCCAGUCGGACCAGAUAGCGACACGCCUGAAGGCCAUGCAGCGCUGCAAUGAACAGGCCUUCGCAGCCACAGGCGACGAUCCAAAGGCGGCAGCACGCGACUCCCUCCUGUCAAAUGUCCUUCAGCUCAUCCGAGACAUGCGCAGGGACCUCACCGCACUUGUAGUCAGGGCACAUGGGAGCGCGGCUAGACUCCAGCACAAUAACAGCAUGGCCUUUUUAGCCGCCGCAGAAGAAGUGCUGAAGACGGCACUUGAGGGGGACCCUAAAUCCCGGGCCUUCGUGAUGCAGAUCUUGUCCUUCAAAAUGAAGUCCUACCUCUUGGACCGCAAGCACGGAGGGCAUAAAGGACCAAAGGAGGGAAUGGGUGGUGCGUUCGGAGAAAUGGGAGGUCCUCAUGGUGGAAUUGGUGAAAUGUUCGUAGGAAUGGGUGGCUCGCAAGACGGGAUGAGUGGCAUGUUCGGAGGGAUGGGAGGUCCAAAAGGCAGAAUGGGUGAUAUGUCUGGAGGAAUGGGUGGCUCGCAAGGCGGAAUGAGUGGCAUGUUCGGGAGGAUGGGAGGUCCACAAGGUGGAAUGGGUGGCAUGUUCGGAGGGAAGGGAGGUCCACAAGGCGAAAUGAGCACGAGCGGUGUUCGGCGAGGUCCGGAAGGCUCAGGAGGGAACAUGAGACCGACGGAUGGGACAGUAUCCUCUCAACCCCCAAAUUUCGACAACUCACGACCCCCUCAGAACAUACUCCCCUUCGAGAGCGGAGCUUUGCGCACGAGUCUCUCGCCCAUGACAGCCAACAGCGUGACCAACAACAGCGGCAACAAUGCUGUAUUUUCGGCAUCAAGCAACGGCGUACAGAGCUGGGGAGAGCAGUCCGACGGGAGUUUCAUCUGCAAGGACGGGACACGAAUAGACAUGAUCAAGAUAAAGUGCGACGGCUUCACCGAUUGUCGGGACAAAUCGGAUGAAGCAAGCUGUACAAGAAGAUUCAAAAGAGACGCUUCCAUCGAGGACAUGAAUUCUAUGGAAGACCACAACUCUACGGAAGACCUCAACUCCGUAGAGGAAACAAAUUCUACGGAGAAUGAUAACGAUGACUGGGCUAUCGGAAAUUCUAUUGAUGACUUCGCCUCCGAUGAAGAUAUCUCACAUGCGCUAACACGUCUCAUUGGAUCUGCGGGAGAUGACAAAGAAACAGCCGCAGCUCAAGACGAAUUUCUGACGCUGCUUCAAGAUAUCAUGAGAAAAAAUGUAGCAUCAAAGCCAGGAUUCAACAACAAUAUUGAAAACAGUGUGCAGCAAAAUGAAAGGAGAUAAGUUAUCAAUCACCAGCGAUGCAUAUUCAUGGUGUGUGUGUGUGUCAUUCAGGCUUCAGUCAACGUACUUAAUGACAAAACAAUCGUAAACCUGGAGCGAUCCGAACGAAGAUCGUACCAAAUUAGGUUGCAAUUAUAUCCGAAACUUUCCCUGUAUCUCAUUUAUGAGUUUCCCCCCCUAAACGAGACGAAACAUGUAUGGUAACAUUUAAUUUCGAUAAUUCAGGAUUGACACUUAUCCUUUGUUUAGUUACGUUUGCUAUUUGUUAAAAUUUAUAUCCACCCACUUGCAGGAUUCUUCCCUUCGUUUUAUUGGACAUAUUGGUAGCGGUUUUGCAAAAUUGUAUUUACUUUCAGGAAUGGCACUGGUCGGACUAUGCCGCUGAAGCGGUCAUCACAGAGCAACAUGCUCCAUGGAAGACACGGAGGUGGUUGUGAAGGUGGCAGAAACUUCCACUGCAAUGCCAAGAUGAAGGAGAUGCUCGAGAUGAAUAAGGUCAUAUCGAUGAUGUUCACGCAGCUCGUGAAUUCGGAGCCAGAGAAUAUGAAAGGCUUCACCUUCCUCCCUGUGACGUUGCGGCAGAGUCUCAAGACUGCCAUCACGAUGGUGCAGAGUCUCAGGACUGCCAUCAUACAAGAACCGUGGGGCAAGGCUCUGAAAAAUAACUCAAGGCUACGAAAUUUGAUGUUUGAAGUGAAUAAGGGGGUGAAAAUGUUGAAGGGCAUCGACGAACUACAACAAUUCUUGGAUUAUUGGAGGAAAAAUGGU